CCCAUAAAUCUUGCCAUUUAUUAUUGAAUGGCUGCAUUGUUGCGAACAGUAUUAUAUGAAGGUCUGGUUUAUUAAAAAAAGAGCAAAAAAAUCUGAUCUUAUUUGCUAUCUAUACUUUUAGACAACGUUGCAGCCACCGGCGCCAUCUCAGAGUAGCAAGGUCCAAGGUGUGGUCGGUGCUAGGGCCACCUAAAACAUGGGGAGGCUGAUCCUCAAAAUUCGUUUCUUAUGGAAGACAACUGGUCCUUCAUUCUCCUUGUAUGCAAGUUCAUUCGUCUUCAUUGAUUCGUACAUGAUUUUGAAGCGCUAUGAAUGAAGAGACUAUGAUCAUGGUCAUUCCCUUUCGGCGGUACUCUCCAACCCAAAGCAUUUUCAGGCAUCAGACCGUACUUGAUAUUUUUAUUUUUUGCACCCUGAGCAAGGUGACCCUGAGUAACAUUGACGUAUUAAGAAAAAAACACCAGUUUUCAGUUAAAAUCCUACAUCCAGAUAACCAGUUUUCAGUUAAAUUUCGAAAAGAAUGGAGUUUGUUUAAAUGGCUGGGUAAAAUUAUGGUUCUGUCGUUCUGUGGUCAUCUGAUUUCCGGGAACUGGCUGUGGCGGGAGAGGCAAUCUCGAACCCAAAGGCGCUCUCUUGUGCUCUUUAAAACUUUGCGGCUGUCGUGUUGCUCUCUAUAACAAACUGAACAUUCCAAAAAUCAAACUUUGUAAUGCUAAAUGUCUUUUAACCUUCAAAGGGAGAGUGCAUGCCUAAAUUACAAAAUUCUGUGACUCGGGUGAGUGCACAGCACCAGGUUGGUUGGUAUUGGUGCUGUGCCGGUAAGCGGAUGUGCGUUUGUGGGCGGCAGCACACGUAGCGGUAACAUAGAAGUGAAGGCGAGUCGGCGAGUCCCCCGGCGGUUUCUUCGUAAGUGAUUAUCGUCAUCGUGCAUUAUAUCUCCUCAGCCUGAGUCAAGAUGAGUCUUACGGCGCGAGAUUUUUAACUUAUUCUUCCAUCCUGAGUUUGUGGUACUGCUAGUUGCUCGUAGUACCUACUGGAUGAAUUUGAUUUGCCACCAUUAAGUGAGGAUUUUAACCCCACACCCCACAUGAUUCAUUUCUUCGUUCAAAGUAAUUUCCUUUGGUUAGUUUGUUCAAUUUAAAUCUUUAUAGCCUUAAUAGCCUGCUUGUUCCUUUGUGUUGCUUUUCGUCAGUUCACUCAAAGAUCGUCUGGGCUCUCUGGCUAUCCGUGCGCGUGGGGUUCGAAACUGUCAACUUUAGUUAAUUCCAAUUACAUCUUCUUUGUUUUUAAUCUAAUUGAAGAAAAUCAAGCCUUCCUGUAGCGCUAAAGAAAAAUGAAAACUUAAAAUCAUCUUAUUAUGUGAAUUCAUUAAAAAUAUGCUCACAUAUACUACUUUUUAACAUAUUUUCAUAAUUAUGUUUUUUGUAGCAGAUGAUACAUAACACAAAAAUUAACUAAUUCUAGCUGAAUGUGUCAGCAGCUAUUUCUGAAAAACGGGAGGAUUGAGAGCUAGCAUGAACUUAUUAUAGUUGAAGAGAACUUGUGUUUUUGUCUGUUUUAAAGUUGUGCAUGUUUAUGUCUAAAUCAAGGAUUAUUUCUUUUUUGAUUCUAUUUUUUUUUUUGUGAUAGGUUAACUUAUACUCACUAAAAUGUACAUUUUUUAUUAGUGUGCUAACUUUCCUCUGUUCCACUUCUAGAUCGAGGAGUUGAAUUCUCCAAACCAACAAUGUUCUUUUUCCCUGAGCUCCUUAAAAAGCACAGCAGAUACUUUCCUGUGUGGAUUGCUGCAACUCAGCAGUCAACUGCUUUGAGGAAAUUCCUCCCUCCGCGGAAAGUCAGAGAGAUACGUGUACAUGCGAUUGUGGAAGAAAUUUUAAAAGCUUUUAUACAAUCUUACCCUUCAGUUCCAAGAUCAAGAUUGACGCAUUUUAGCCUGUACCUCUCAUCUAAACUGAUGUUUGGGUCAUGUGUGGUUCUACAGAAACAGGCCGCAAUUUUGUUUUGUGACAUAGCUGAUGUUUUCAAAAAUAUAAAACUAACAAGAUGGAGUAAAGAAAAAAAUGCAUUGGUUGUUCAGACAUCCAAAAAAACUAAGCCAAUUUUAAGAAAAGAUCCAUUCAGCCUUUGCUAUGAAUCAGCUGAGGAUGAGGAGGCUGUUGAUUGGACUGUUGUACCACUUUCAGAAGUAUCAUUCCUUGCUGAUUGCGUUGAUGAUGAAGAAAACGAUGCUUUGAAUUUUUGUAACUCUGUUCCUGAAGCUUCCAUUACCUUAGUGGAAGAUUACAACUUUAGUACACCACUAGAAGAUCUGAGGUUUGGAGAUGAGGAUGUUGAGCGUCAUCCUGUUUAUGGAUUACCCACUUCAGACAUUUAUGGCACAUCUAGCGCCAUAAUUAUUGAGGUAAAUGAAGAUCAGAUCCCUCUAACUGAAAGAAAUGUGAUGCCAGAUGAAAUCUUAGCAGGAAAUGAUGUCACAAGAAGAUCAGAUGCCUCCUUAAACAAAUCUUCUGAGCAUAUGAAUCCUUAUGUUUUGUAUCAUGAUAAUCUCGUCGAAGAUAGUACUGGACAACAUUUUGAAACGGAUCCCUCUGAUAUAUAUCUGCAAACUACGAUUUGUCCAGCAGACACAGACUCAAGACCCAAAGAUUUAUCCCAACAUCAUGAUGGAAGUCUUCCCUGUACUACAGAACAAUCCAUUGAAGCAUCAGUUGUGCGUCUAAAUGACUCCAAUCGCAUUGUCAGAUCUCCACCUCUGUUGCACAAUCUUCCUAGCUUUGCAAAUGAGCAAACUGGUGAAGCAAUUGCAGAUGUCUGUCAGCCUCAAGACCAGAUCUGCAUUGAUGUUAUCGCCGAUCCACAUAUUAAUGAGGUUGAUCAUCGUUCACAACAUGAGACUGAUACUGAUCUAAUUACUGGUCAAGUGGGUGAAUCCAAUACCAUACCUCAAGGUGAGGUUCAUACUGACUUCGUAGAUCAUCACGUGGGUGAUUUCACUACGCCACCUCGAGACGGUCGUGCUGACCUCAUAACUGAACAAAUUCAUGAUAUUUCUGAAGAGUUACCAGACCUUGAGGAUACACCACGUACGAUAAGGAGAAAAAGGCGUCAUUUUGACAACAUUAUUGAAAUUACAAAUAGAGAAUUUCAAAAGCGUCUUGAGAGUGGGGCAGUAGACACAGUGCUGAACAAUACAAUCAAUGAUGGGCAUGUAAUUUAUGAAAAAUCUUGCUUGACACAGCCAGGCAGGAAGUAUGCAAAAACUCUUUGGGGUUUGGUUGAGCGAAAUUUCAGAACUCAUCCUAUGCCAACAAUAGAUUUACGCAACCCAUUUCCCAGGCUUCAAAUGCAAUCUACUGUUCAUGAAAGUCACAGACUAGAAACUGAGGAUAUGCCGGAGAAUAACCCUUCUCUUCCUGAUCUUAUGACACUUGAGUCUUCAAGGAAACGGAGUUCUGAAGAGGAUAAAGAAAUCCAGAAAAGUACAAGAGCCAAGCGUAUGAAACCAUCUGAAGCAGUACAAGUUGAGCAAUCGGUAGCAGAGAAAGAAAGAGACACAGUUAUAGAAGAUUUUGAAACCUCAGGAAAUACUCAUCAGAAUGUGCAGAGUGACAUACCUACGACCAAUAUACUUGAUUCGCUUCAUGAAACAACUGUGCCACAAGAGAGUAGAAUCUCAGAUGCGGAUUUAUUUGUCCAGGACCAUCCCCAGUCUGAACUGCCUUGGUGUAAUAUCUAUGAUUCGCUUCCUCAUGAGCAUCAUGAAACAACUGUGCCACCAGUUGCUAGAAACUCGGAUGCAGAUUUACCAGUCAGGGAUCUGAAUGAACUGCCUGUUGAACUGCCAGUCUUUGAUGGUUUUCAGUCUAGCGAACAGCCUAGAACUAAUUUGCCUGUAAGUGAUGAAAUUGUGAAUGUAAAUCUUUUAGAUAGAGAACUGCCUCAGUCGGAACUGGCUGCAGAACCCCCUAUUAGAUCAUCUCCUCAUCAGAGCAGGCAGCCUGAAACCACUUGGCUGCCAACUGGAGUUCCAGCAGCUGAUCUUUUCAUAGAACAGCCAGAACAUGAUUUUAUAGAAGAAGAAUUAAGAGAAAUUUUUGAACCAAGUAAUGAACCAGGAAAUGUGACUGCUAAUUCAGUACCACCUGCUAAUUCAAUAUCACCCAGUCCUUCCACUUUCGAGAAAGAUGUCUGUGCUCAAAUAGAAAUUUUGGCAGAGAAUGCCAAUGUUAGCACCAUUUCAAUGGAUGUAUUGUGUCCCCGUGAAGCCACAAGGCGGAGAAGAGUUGGGAAAAUAUUUGAGUCACUUUUGGCUCUGAAUCUGCAAGGAAAGAUAGAAUUAAGUCAACAGUUAGAUGGUGUUACAAUACCGCCCAUACAAAUUAAGAAGCUGAACGAAUAAUGCUGUCAAAGCAGCAUACCUGCUAUACUGAGUCUAUGAAUGAAAUUGUUGUCUUCUUCAAUGUUGAUUUCUUGUGGUUUGGAGGUUUCAUUAGAUGGAAUGUAACUUUUUAGACACCUAUUUGUUUGUUAUUGAUGCUUAAGAUCUUGUUAUUUUUCUUCAUUUUAAAAUUGUAAAGCGGGUUGUUUAACUUUUUGUCUCACGAGGUGAGGCGCCUCAUGGUGAUCGUCGAGUUGUUCUUAGCUAGCAAAGCUUGGCAAGCUGCUAAACACUAUCCUUAAGAACUGCGAGGCAAGCGCCUCAGCUAUGGUAAGGUGCCUCACCUUAAGAAACCAAAUGUACCACAUUGUUCAUGUGUGUGUUGUAAGGGGCUUGUUGCUUUUAAAUUAUUCAAUUGAUUGUCAGAAUGAAAUAUUCUAGUGUCCUUGUUGUGCAGUGAAUGAAAUGUAGAAGUCUUUUACCUUUUAAAUUUAUUUAUCUUUUAAGCUAGUUUUUGAAAUUUGAAAUAGUAAGAUUAUUUUGAGUAUCAAAAUGGACCUGUUCUUACUCAAAGGACUUUCCUUGAUUGCUAGUUCAAAAUUAUAGUCUUAUAUAUAACUAUCUUUAAUCUGAAUGCCCUUAGUUAUUGCCUGUCGAAUUGAAAAAUUGAAAAGUAUGAAUUGUACUCAACAGAGAUGUGUUUUAGCAAAGCAAUGCCGUCAACUUAAUUCUGAUGAGUUUAUGUUGUUAAUAUUACAAGGCUGGUGUAGUGUUUUUAAAUUUUGCUGUCCUUUCCUAAUUAUAUGUAUUUUAAUACUUUUAUGCUUUGUCUUGGAUGUUUAAAAUAUCUAAAAGUCCAGAUCCUUGUUUUAAAUUUAUGGAGUGCGGAGUAAUAGUUUGAUGCCUCCAUUGAUUCAUUGUAUCUAUCUGUGAUUUUAGUAACUAACUGUUGGUAAGUGCAUUUUAUGUUACUUGGUCAUGCACUUUUUGCAUGUGACCUUUGUUGUUCUUAAGAAAUUAUUGCAUUUAUUUACUCUUGUCAUGAGCUUAGCAAAUGUGUUCAACCCCUAGAUUUUUAUGCAUUUGAUAUUCAGCUCUUGAUCAUAUCUGAGUUCUAUAUGUUUGGCAUGUUUUACCAAUGAUUAUUGUUUAAAUGUUGUUUCUUCCUUCUAACUAACAUUACUCCAUGUGCCUUAUGCCUCUUUCCUAAAAAAUUGCAUUGACAAAAAUAUGAAAAUAAAUAAAUUCUGGCACGUGA